UACUCUAAGAAACACUAUUACAAUAUUUAAACAUGAUACAUCCUUGUGUGCGUCGUUUAGGCUCUCGGGUCUGUGACGCCCUUGUGAUGUUUGGUGCUCACAGGGAGCGUAUUCCAUUCAUCUCUCAUCCAGGUGUUAUGGCAGUUUGCCAGUUACUUGAGAUGAAGUCAUUGGUUGAGCAUCGUGCUCAUUUUACUCAGGAUGACGUGAACCGUAUGUAUGAGUAUGACUCAUCUUUGGCUGAGAAGGCUCAGGUUGCUGUUGACCACAAUUUGCCUAUAUCUCAUUACAACUUGGAGUAUCUUGACAAGCCAGGAUUUCUUGAGCGUCUUCUUGAGGAGAAGCGUUUGAAUGAGGCCAUUGCAUCUGAGGUUUUGUCAUCUCCCGCUGGUAGUUAUGAGCAGCCUGGCUCUAUUACUAAAUAUGAGGCUCCUGAGAUACCCCUUGAGUGGCGUCAGCAUGAGCUUGCUAUGACUCACGCUAUGGUUGAUGUCCAGCCUUCUAUAUUGCGUGAGAUGGAGACUCAGCGCAAAAUGCGUGAGUUCAUGUCUCGUCAUCGUGGAGAGUGACCAUCCACUCCUUUGGUAGAACUUUUUCUUUAUGCAGC